UUUAGUCAUAGGGUUUAGUUUGGCUCUGCAGCGAUGAUAUGGCUGGGAGAGGAAGCGUGUGGUUUCCAUGGACACCGUUGAUACCAAACUGUCGGUGAAAGUUUGGAAACAGAAAAGGAAUUUCAAAUAUACGCAUAUACACAUAUACAUAUACGUUUCAGAAUAUCCCAGCUGGUGCUAUGGGGUUAUCACUGACGAGGGCAGCCCAGUGGACCACGGCCAUCUCUGGUACUGGCAAACUUGAGUUCACGCCAAUGAAUAUGUUCUUGUUGAAAGAAAUCCUGCACUUUGUAGAGCAGUUCAGCUCCCAACACCCACAGGAGGCAGAGCAUGUGUUCGAGGAGCCCCUCCAUUGGAGUACGACUUUAGUGGCAUCUGAUUUCAAAACAGACUAUGACAUCAGUGAUUCAGAUGUACAGUCCCACGAGAAAGACUGUGAAGGGCAUCCAUUGUUGCAGCUCUCCCCUCCUACUGUUUAUGUACGCAGCUUCAGCCAGCUCUCUAAACUAGUUCAUCUGGCAGAUGAUAAGAAGCUGGAGGAGGUUCAAGCAUGUCUAGAAGAAAAUAGAAAACCUGUGGUUAAGAUUCUUGGUCCCAGCUUUGUCAGCACCCUGGAGAAAGAAGAUGCCCAUACAGAUGUAAUAAGUCUGGUAGACAAAGUGAAAGCGAAAGAUCAAGGCAAGGACCCGGAGGUUAAGGUCAAGCUGUUCCUCUUGCUUCAAAAUAUGGAUAACCAGCUCCUUAGCAAGUGCCUCAAAGAGAUAGCCGGACAAGACAGUCUGGACCCCACCGCAGUGAAGAAUGAAGUGGAGUUGUUGAAAAAGUUCUGCAGUGAAGGGGAAAGGAGGGUGUUGAAGUUGGUUCGAUACACAUCAGAUUAUAUAUUUUCAAAUGGCUGCCGCUCCCCUCUGUGGAGACAGGUGCAUGGUGAGAUUUGUUACCUUGUGAUUGAGCCUUGUGACACUGAGACCCUCUACAUCACCUGCAGCACUGCUGGAGUUUUUCUCAAUGGGGGCAUAAAACAGGAGGAGGAGGAGAGUGGCUAUGAGCAAAGAAGUGAUAUGUACAAAGACCUGGUAACACUUUUGAAGAGCAGAUCUCCACAUUUUGCUGAGAACAUAAACAAGCAGGAUUUUGCAGUUCAAGAACUUCCAUCAACACAAAAGAUCCAGCAUGUGGAAUUGGUUGAUGUGGAGGAACAAGGCCAACCCCAGAGGUCUUACGAGCAACAGGAAAAGAAUGUGCAUGAGAAGGCGAGGCAACAGCAUACGCCGAACAAGGCAGGCGGCGAGAAGAAAUAUGAACCAUGUCCGAGAUGGAAGAAUCUUGGUCUCAUGUCUCCAUGUGGUAAAGCUGAGGAAAACAAACCCAGUAAGAGCUCUGGAGAGGAGAAGUCUGGUGAAAUACAGGAAAACCUGGGACCAGGAGCCAAGAGCAAAAUGAAAGCAGAAUUCUCUGUGUCCUCUUUCCCUGGACGCCUUUCCUCCCAGAAAAUUAAAGCUGAGGAAAAGAAACCCAGUAAGAGCUCUGGAGAGGAGAAGUCUGGUGAAAUACAGAAGAGAAAGCUGGGAUCAGGAGCCAAGAGCAAGAUGAAAGCAGAAUUCUCUGUGUCCUCUUUACCUGGACGCCUUUCUUCCCAGAAAAUUAAGACCCCAGCAGGAUCCAUGCCCGUGGAAGCUUUCAGUGAGAGUUCAUCUGAGAGUGAGGAGGAGGAGGAGCAGCCAGAGCGCCGUCCAGAGAGUAACACAGACCUGCCUUCUGAAUACUGGCAGAUCCAGAAACUGGUCAAGUACCUCAAGGGAGGCGACCAGACGGCCACUGUGCUCACUCUGUGCGCCAUGAUGGACUUUAAUUUGAUGCAGGAGACGUGCCAACUGGCCAUCCGGGACGUAGGUGGCCUUGAAGUCCUCAUUAACUUGCUGGAUACAGAUGAAGUCAAAUGCAAAAUUGGAUCUCUGAAAAUCCUGAGAAAGAUAAGUCACAAUGUGCAAAUUCGUCGAGCCAUUGUUGACAUGGGAGGCCUGCAGAGCAUUGUGAAGAUACUGGACUCACCAGUCAAGGACCUCAAGGCCUUAGCUGCUGAGACCGUCGCUAAUGUGGCCAGGUUCCGCAGAGCAAGGACAACCGUCAGGCAGUAUGGCGGUAUCAAAAAACUGGUAAAGCUGCUGGACUGUGUCCCUAAUUUAGCUGAUCUGACUGCAAACCAGGAGAAGGAUGUAGAAGUGGCUCGCUGUGGUGCUCUGGCACUGUGGAGCUGCAGCAAGAGUACUAAGAACAAGGAGGCCAUCCGUAAGGCUGGGGGUAUCCCUCUGCUGGGACGCCUGCUAAUGUCUCCGCAUGAGAACAUGCUUAUUCCUGUGGUGGGCACCCUGCAGGAGUGUGCCUCAGAGGAAAGCUACAGGAUUGCCAUUCAGAAGUUGGACAUGAUCAAGGAUUUGGUCAAAAACCUAAGCAGUGACAAUGAUGAGUUACAAAUGCACUGUGCCAGUGCAAUCUUCAAGUGUGCAGAGGACAAACAAACUCGUGACCUGGUGCGUAAGUACAGCGGUCUGCAGCCGCUGGUUUUACUGUUGAGCAAGUCGGACAACAAGCUACUCCUGGCUGCUGCCACUGGAGCCAUCUGGAAGUGUUCCAUCAGUAUGGAGAAUGUGGCUAAGUUUCAGGAGUACAAAGCCCUGGAGACCCUGGUUCGCCUGCUGACUGAUCAGCCUGAAGAAGUUCUGAUAAAUGUAGUGGGAGCUCUGGGAGAAUUUGCCCUGAUACCAGCUAACAAGGCCAACAUCCGCAAGUGUGGAGGCAUCAAGUCGCUAGUUAACCUGCUCACUGGAACAAACCAGGCGCUGCUUGUGAAUGUAACCAAGGCAGUUGGAGCCUGUGCUACAGAUAUGGAUAACAUGGCAAUCAUUGACCAGCUUGAUGGAGUCCGCCUGGUAUGGUCCUUAUUAAAAAACCCCAGUGCAGAUGUUCAGUCCAGUGCUGCAUGGGCUCUUUGUCCAUGCAUUAAGAAUGCAAAGGAUGCAGGGGAAAUGGUGCGCUCCCUCGUCGGUGGAUUGGAACUGAUUGUUAAUUUGCUGAAGUCAACAAACAACGAGGUGCUGGCAAGCAUUUGCGCCGCCAUCGCCAAAAUAGCCAAAGACAAGGAGAAUCUGGCAGUCCUUACUGAUCACGGGGUAGUCCCAUUGCUGGCCAAGUUGACUAACACGACUGAUGACAGGCUCCGUCGCCACCUGGCUGAGGCCGUUGGCCACUGCUGCAUGUGGGGCAGCAACAGGGCAUCUUUCGGUGAUUCCGGGGCCGUGGCCCCCCUGGUGCGUUACCUCAAGUCAAAAGACGAGGCAGUCCACCAGAGCACAGCUAUGGCCCUGUACCAGCUGUCCAAGAACCCCAACAAUUGCAUCGCCAUGCACGAGAAAGGGGUGGUCAAGCCCCUCAUCCACUUCAUGGGCUCUGAUGAUGAGACACUCCAGGAAGCUGCUGCUGGCUGCGUGCGCAACAUCCGACUCCUGGCCCUGGCUAAUAGGAAUGCCCUAUUAUUUCGUUGACGCUUUUAUUGAGUUAGUUUCAAAUGUAUUUGAAAAUAGCUUCAAAUAAAGUGUUACAGAUAUACCACAAGUGUUUCAAAAUACGUUGAAUCAAAUCAUCUGAGAAAGGUUUCAAAUAAAAUGUUUUAUCUUGA